AUGUUAGAAUACGACAACUCAGCUUUCUACUACUUUUCCGUGUCCAUGUGCGCACUCUACGUGCUGCCUGUGACGUUUCUAUCACUGCGUCGUAUUCUAUACGGCGUCUUUUUAAAAGACCGACUAUUAGACAAGAGUCAUGUGCGAUGCGAGCGUGAAUUGCGCAAGGUGAAGCAGUUGCAAGCCGAAAAGACAGCCUUGCGUAAUGUCUUUUCGAUACCAUUUGUAAUUAAUCUGCUCGUGCUGGCUGCCGUUUGGUACGCGCUCGUACGCAUGAUACUUCUGCUGAAGGACGAUUCAGAGAUCAAAUCGUUUGAUCCAUUUGCGAUUCUCGGUAUCGCUGCAGGUGCUACUGAGCGUGAAAUUAAGCGCGCGUACCGCAAAAUGAGUCUGUUGUACCAUCCAGACAAGAAUCAGGGCGAUGCUGUUGCAGAGCAAAAGUUUAUGCUUGUAGCCAAGGCUUACGAGGCUCUUACAGAUGAGGUGGCAAAAGCGAAUUACGAAAAAUAUGGCAAUCCAGACGGUCGUCAAGCGCUUCAGCUUUCUAUUGGUCUUCCCACGUUCUUAUUAGACCCUGCAAACCACAACUUGGUACUCUUUCUCUACCUCUUGAUUCUUGUUGUCGCUAUUCCAAGUUGUGUUGCCAUUUGGUAUUCACACUCGAAAAAGUAUGGUGACAGUAUGAUAAUGUACGACACGUAUGGGUUUUAUAACUUUGCGAUGUCCCAGCACUCGCAUCCACGAAUGUUACCUGAAAUUUUGGCGGGUUCGGCUGAGUUUCGUGAGAUCCCGCGUCGUGCCUCGGACGAAGCCGAGCUUGGAACAUUGUUCAAGAAGCUGAAACAGCAAGAUGUGAUGGCAAAGCCUAAGUACAAUCAUCCAGCUAUUGCCAAGGCUAAUUUGCUGUUACAUGCACAUUUUUUGCGCGAGAAAUUGAGUCCAACACUGCAGAGCGAUUUGAAUGCCAUGUUAAAGAAAUCCAUUCAACUUGUAGAUGGGAUGCUCGAGAUUUCUGUAAUGAAAUCGUGGCUUCAGACGUCUCUUAAUUUAAUGGAGAUGCAGCAAUUUCUGACUCAAGGACUGUGGUUUAAGGAUCCGCCGUUCUUGCAACUACCACAUAUAACAGAGACCGAAGUCAAGCACAUUGUGUCUGGAAAGAGCGCUGUACGUAGUAUGCAUCAGUAUAUUGCUGCAAAACCUGAGGAUCGUAAAGGAUUGAGUGGAUUAUCGGAUGAGAAACGUCAAGAAGUGAACACUGUGCUUAACAUGAUGCCACACAUGGAGCUGAACAUUUCAAUCGGGGUGGAAGAUGAAGAGGUUAUUGCUGAGGGAGACAUAAUGACGGUAACAGUCACGUUGACGCGUCAAAAUGUCAAGGAAGGCGACACAUGUGACUUGGUGUACGCUCCCCGUUUCCCGUACCCGAAGAUGGAGCGCUGGUACUGUAUCGUGGGAGAUUCCAAGAUGAACCAUUUGCAUGCUUUUUCAAAAAUGACUUCUCAAGAGCGCGUGAUUGAACAGAAGUUACAGCUACAGGCACCUCCAAAAGCUGGCACGUAUCAGUUGGAUAUUUUUGUAAAAAGUGACUCUUAUGUUGGCAUGGAUUUGCGUGCAGUCGCAAAGUUUAAUGUUGCCCCAGCAUCCACAUUGCCAGUUUAUACACCACAUCCGGAGGAUUUGGAAUUAGAUAACGAGCCGACGCUGUUCGAACAGGUGAUGAAUGCCGCAGACUCGAGCGAUAGUGAAGAAGAGGACAAGGAUUUGGACCCGGAUCAGGUGGAGGAGGCCAAGAAAGAUAAGUAG